AAAAAAUAUAGUCUCGGAAAAGAAAAACAUAUGCGUAAAUUUAUCAGUGAAUUCAGUGACUUUUAAUGUAAAAACUAUUCUUCAUUCAAUAACCGACCACUGCAAGCCCGGACAUCAUAAUGGCCUCGGAGGAGCCCCGCGAUUUGACGCAAUUCAAGCGCUACAAAACCAACGAAGAAGGACGGAAAACUUUUUCAUCCAUCGAACAGAUCAAAACGGAAGCAUCGAUCGAACGGUUCUACGAUCGCUAUGAGCAGCUGGCCGCGCUGGAUCCGUCCCUGCCGAAGCUGAUGCGUACCGAACAUGCUCGCUAUCUGGAGAUCUCGCUGGAACGGCUAUCCACUGGGUACGAGUGUCUGGACAGUAGCCGGCCCUGGCUGGUCUACUGGAUAAUGAAUGCGGCCAGCGUGCUGGGGGUGAAAUUCAACGACAGUUUGCUCAAUCGGGUGGUGGAUUUUCUGAUUAAGUGUCGAGGUCAGGACGGUGGAUUUGCCGGUGGUCCCGGUCAGGAUCCGCAUCUAGCACCGACCUAUGCUGCCGUGAAUGCCUUGUGCAUUAUCGGCACUGAUAAAGCACUGAAUGCGAUUAAUCGAAGGACGCUCAAGAAAUUUCUGUGGGCCGUGAGGGAGCAAAACGGAGCUUUUAGGAUGCAUGUGGGUGGCGAACUGGACGUCCGUGGUGCUUAUUGUGCUAUAUCCUCGGCAAAAUUGGCUGCAUUUUCUGCGGAAGACGAGGGAAAACUGUUCGAAGGUACGGCCAGCUGGAUCGCCGAAUGUCAAACUUACGAAGGAGGCUUCGGAGGCGCUCCGGAUUUGGAGGCACAUGGAGGGUACUCCUUUUGUGCGGCAGCUGCACUGGCCAUUCUGGGUGGGGAAGACAAGUGCGAUCUGAAUGCACUGCUUCGGUGGGCAGUCAAUCGUCAAAUGGCCUACGAGGGUGGUUUUCAGGGACGUACGAACAAGCUGGUGGAUGGAUGCUACUCGUUCUGGCAGGGGGCGUUGAUUCCGAUCAUUCAGAGCUUGAUUGCUCGCAAGGAAAACUACCCGGAAAUUAUGAACACAGCCUUGUUCCAUCGCUUUGCAUUGCAGGAGUACGUUUUAGUCUGCUGUCAGAAGCCUGCCGGAGGUUUGAUCGAUAAGCCUGGGAAGCCAGCCGAUCUCUACCACACAUGUUAUACGUUGAGUGGAACUGCUGUAGCUCAGCACUGUGAAACUAGCAAGCCGCCACUAAUUCUGGGUCAUCCGGAUAACGAACUGCUGCCAACCCAUCCGGUGCACAACAUCCCACCCAAGGCGGUACUCGAUGCCUACAAGUACUUUCUCAAGAACGAACUAAUCGAAGCGGAACAUACCAACGGUCAGUGCAAUGGGGAAGAUGCCGCAACAGCUGCUCCCGCUAGUGCCGACGUCGAAGUGGCAGAUGUGGAAAUGCGAGAGGCAUCGAUGGAAUCGGAACGUUCGAACACGGCUAGUACUGGUGCCAGUACGACGACGACAAGAUCUGAAACAACGGAUUCGAUGUCCGGUACAAGCAGCCAAAGAAGCUCGGAGGAGCGAUCGGAAUCGAUCGAUUGAAACUAGUUGCUAGUGGAAUGUGAAGUGUCCAUACGACGACAGAUGGACCUGCCGGAAACAAGCUAGCUUUAAACAGUGUUGUUCAAUCCUUUCUUAUACCUGUCUGCUGAUUUGAUACAUAAU